GGCCACGCCACCUCGUUCUUCGGCCCCACGCUGGAGCGGUACUCCUCCUUCCAAGUGAACAGCAGUGACGACAUCCGGCAGAUCCAGAGCCUGGAGAACGGCGUCCUUUUCCUGACCAAAACCAACCUGAAGUACAUGUCGCGAGGGGGCCUCAUCAUUUUUGACUACCUGAUGGACGAGUCCGAGGACAUGCACAGUCUCCUGCUGACGGACAGCAGCACGCUGCUCGUCGGCGGGCUGCAGAACCACGUCGUCGAGAUCGACCUCAGCACCGUCCAGGAGACGCAGAAGUACACCGUGGAGGUUCCCGGCAUCACCAUCAUGAGGCAAUCAAACCGCUUCUUCUUCUGCGGGCACAGUUCGGGGAAGGUCUCCCUGCGCGAUCUGCGCACGUUUGUGGCGGAGCACGAAUUCGACGCCUCCUGGGGCAGCUUGUCUGAUUUUGCCGUCCACGGGAACCUGCUGGUGACCUGCGGCUUCUCCAGCCGCAUGAACGGCCUCGCCUGCGACCGCUUCCUGAAGGUGUACGACCUGCGCAUGAUGCGGGCCACCACCCCGCUGCAGGUCCACAUCGACCCCUUCUUCCUCCGCUUCAUCCCCACCUACCCCUCCCGCCUGGCCAUCAUCUCCCAGACGGGUCAGUGCCAGUUCUGCGAGCCCACCGGCCUCGCCAACCCCGCCGAUAUCUUCCACGUGAACACCGUUGGGCCCCUCAUCAUGACCUUCGACGUCUCGGCCAGCAAGCAGGCGCUGGCCUUCGGCGACUCGGAGGGCUGCGUCCACCUCUGGGCCGACUCCCCGGAGGUCACCUUCAACGCCUACUCCCGCGAGACCGACUUCGCCUUGCCCUGCCUCGUGGACACGCUGCCCCACUUGGACUGGAACCAGGACCUCGUGCCGCUCUCGCUCAUCCCCGUGCCGCUGACCAGCGACGCCCUGCUCUCCGACUGGCCCGCUGCCAACUCUGCCCCGGCACCCCGGCGAGCCCCUCCGGUAGACCCUGAGAUUCUGCGCACCAUGAAGAAGGUGGGGUUCAUUGGCUACGCCCCAAACCCACGGACCAAGCUCCGCAACCAGGUGCCCGCUCAGGAGGGGGUGGUGCGGGGAAGGUUCGACAGCUUCAGCCAAGUCCCCGAGUCCCCGAUCGGGCGGGAAGAGGAGCCACAUCUCUACAUGGUGGCCAAGAAGUACAGGAAGGUCACGAUCAAAUACUCCAAGCUGGGGCUGGAGGACUUUGACUUCAAGCAUUACAACAAGACGCUGUUCGCGGGCCUGGAGCCCCACAUCCCCAACGCCUACUGCAACUGCAUGAUCCAGGUGCUGUAUUUCUUGGAGCCGGUCCGCUGCCUGGUCCAGAACCACCUGUGCCAGAAGGAGUUCUGCCUGGGCUGUGAGCUGGGCUUGCUCUUCCACAUGCUCGACCUGUCCCGAGGAGACCCCUGCCAGGGAAGCAACUUUUUGCGGGCUUUCCGUACAAUCCCAGAGGCUUCGGCGCUGGGGCUGAUCCUGGCUGACUCGGACGAAGCCACAGGGAAGGUGAACCUGGGGCGGCUGAUUCAGAGCUGGAACCGUUUCAUCCUUACUCAGCUGCACCAGGAAACCCAGGAGCAGGAGGGACCGCAGGCGUAUCGGGGGGCUGGCAGCAGCAGCUUUGGGUCGUCGGGGGACUCGGUUAUCGGGCAGCUGUUCAGCUGCGAGAUGGAGAACUGCAGCAUGUGCCGCUGCGGCAAGGAAACCGUCCGCGUGUCCUCCACGCUGCUCUUCACCCUCUCCUACCCCGAGAGCGCUGAAAAGCCAGUCAAAGAUUAUGAGUUUGCCCAAAUUUUGAAGCGAAGCAUCUGCUUGGAGCAGAACACGCAAGCCUGGUGCGAGAACUGUGAGAAGUACCAGCCCACGGUGCAGACCCGGAACAUCCGCUGCCUGCCGGACGUCCUGGUCAUUAACUGUGAGGUGAACAGCUCCAAGGAGGCGGAUUUCUGGAAGACGCAGGCUGAGUAUGCCUUUCAGAGAGCCGUGAUGAAGAGAGGAGGCUUUGAGAUCACCAAAGGCAAAGAAAUCUCUCUUGGAGAGUGGAGGGAGCUGGGGAACCCCAACACGGGGCAUUCGUAUCCUUCCGUGGAGGAACUGAAGAACAUCUGGAUCCCUCACGCCAUCAAGAUGAGGCUGACCAAGAGCAAGGAGCUUGAUGUCUGCAACUGGAGUGAGAGCGAUGAGCUGAGCCCGACCGACGACCCCGAGUCGGUCCAUGUCUACGAUCUGAUGGCCACCGUCGUCCACAUCCUGGAUUCCCGCACGGGGGGCAGCCUGGUGGGGCACAUCAAAGUGGGAGAGACCUACCACCAACGGAAGGAGGGCGUCACUCACCAGCAGUGGUACCUCUUCAACGACUUCCUCAUCGAGCCCGUGGAUAAGUGCGAGGCGGUGCAGUUCGACAUGAGCUGGAAGGUGCCGGCCAUCCUGUACUACAGCGAGAUGCCGCAGGCGGGCGACCUGGUGGGGCUGGACGCCGAGUUCGUCACGCUGAACGAGGAGGAGGCCGAGCUGCGCAGCGACGGGACCAAAUCCACCAUCAAGCCCAGCCAGAUGUCGGUGGCCAGGAUCACGUGCGUGCGCGGGCAGGGCCCUAACGAGGGCGUCCCCUUCAUUGACGACUACAUCUCCACCCAGGAGCAG